GCUUGCUGGCGCGAUCAACUUAGCAAUAGCAUCAGUUCCCUCCCCUGACACAAAAAAAAAUAGCCACUCCUAUAAAUUCUUAAAUAGAUGAAGCAUUGGUGCUCGUUUGAAAAUAUUGAAACCCAAAAAUGGAAGAACAGGGAGGGGAGAGAUCAAGCAUCGUGAUCGGUCUCAUCGAGAACAGAGCCAAAGAGGUUGGAAUGGCAGCGUUUGACUUGAGGUCGGCUUCAGUGCAUCUUUCCCAAUACAUUGAAACAAGCAGCUCAUAUCAGAAUACAAAAACUUUGCUGCAUUUUUAUGAUCCCAUGGUUAUCAUCGUUUCUCCUAACAAACUGGCACCUGAUGGUAUGGUUGGUGUUUCUGAGUUGGUGGAUAGAUUUUAUGCUUCUGUCAAGAAGGUUGUUAUGACCCGAGGCUGCUUUGAUGACACCAAGGGUGCCGUGCUGAUUAAAAAUCUAGCUGCAAAAGAGCCUUCAGCGCUUGGUUUGGAUACUUACUACAAGCAGUAUUAUCUCUGCUUGGCGGCUGCUGCAGCCACCAUUAAGUGGACUGAAGCAGAGAAAGGGGUGAUUGUUACGAAUAAUUCACUGUUGGUUACUUUCAAUGGAUCAUUUGAUCACAUGAAUAUUGAUGCUACAAGUGUCCAAAACUUGGAAAUUAUAGAGCCACUACAUCCUACCCUGUGGGGUACAACCAACAAGAAAAGAAGUCUGUUCCAUAUGCUCAAGACAACAAAAACCAUUGGAGGGACUAGACUUCUUCGUGCCAAUCUGUUGCAGCCUUUAAAAGAUAUCGAAACUAUCAAUACUCGUCUCGACUGCCUGGAUGAAUUGAUGAGCAAUGAACAGUUAUUCUUUGGCCUCUCUCAGGUUCUGCGCAAGUUUCCUAAAGAGACUGAUAGGGUACUUUGUCACUUCUGCUUCAAGCCAAAGAGAGUAACAAGUGAGGUUGUGGGUGCUGAUUAUGCGAGAAAGAGCCAAGUGUUGAUAUCAAGCAUAAUUUUACUGAAAACUGCUUUAGAUGCCUUACCUUUGCUUUCAAAGGUGCUCAAGGAUGCAAAAUGUUUUCUUCUUGCAAAUGUUUACAAGAAAGUAUGCCAGAAUGAAACAUAUGCUUCUAUUAGGAAGAGGAUUGGAGAUUUCAUUGAUGAAGAUGUGCUUCAUGCACGUGUUCCUUUUGUUGCUAGAACACAACAGUGUUUCGCUCUCAGGGCUGGAAUUGAUGGACUACUUGAUAUUGCACGGAGAACAUUUUGUGAUACCAGCGAAGCUAUACAUAAUCUCGCAAACAAGUACCAUGAAGAAUUUAAGCUGCCAAAUCUGAAACUCCCAUUUAACAAUAGGCAAGGUUUUUAUUUUAGCAUUCCACAGAAAGACAUUCAAGGAAAGCUUCCUAGCAAGUUUAUUCAGGUUUUGAAGCAUGGGAACAAUGUACAUUGCUCAACUUUAGAACUUGCUUCCCUGAAUGUAAGAAAUAAGUCUGCAGCUGCGGAGUGCUAUGUAAGGACUGAAGUUUGUCUGGAAGAACUAUUAGAUGCCAUUAGAGAGGAUGUUUCUGCACUCACACUUCUUGCAGAGGUUUUAUGCCUUUUAGAUAUGAUUGUUAAUUCAUUUGCUCAUAUAAUUUCGACCAAGCCGGUGGACCGUUAUACUAGACCAGAGUUUACAAAUGAUGGGCCAUUGGCAAUAGAUGCUGGGAGGCACCCGAUCCUUGAAAGCAUACACAAUGAGUUUGUCCCUAACAAUAUCUUUCUCUCGGAAGCAUCAAACAUGUUGAUUGUCAUGGGCCCGAACAUGAGUGGUAAAAGCACUUAUCUUCAGCAAGUUUGUCUUGUAGUCAUCCUUGCUCAAAUUGGAUCUUAUGUUCCAGCUCGGUUCUCAACAAUAAGAAUAGUCGAUCGCAUAUUUACAAGGAUGGGUACAGUUGAUAAUCUCGAGUCAAAUUCCAGUACGUUUAUGACAGAGAUGAGAGAGACAGCUUUUGUCAUGCAGAAUGCCUCCCAAAGGAGUUUGAUUGUUAUGGAUGAACUUGGGAGAGCUACUUCUUCUUCCGAUGGAUUUGCAAUUUCUUGGAGCUGCUGCGAGUAUCUGUUAUCACUCAAAGCAUAUACUAUAUUUGCCACUCACAUGGAGAACCUAUCAGAACUAGCAACAAUCUACCCCAAUGUGAAGACUCUUCAUUUUCAUGUUGACUUGCAUAACAACCGCUUAGAUUUCAAGUUUCAACUCAAGGAUGGACCGAGACAUAUACCGCACUACGGUCUUCUGUUAGCAGAAGUGGCAGGAUUACCUCACUCUGUGACAGAAAAGGCCAAAAGUAUCACAGCAAGGAUAAUUGAAAAGGAACUGAAAAGAAUGGAGGUAAACUGUCAGCAAUAUGAGCAGAUCCAGACGGUGUACCGUGUUGCUCAGCAGCUAAUGUGCCUAAAGUAUUCCAGCCAAGACAAGGGCUCAAUUCGAGAAGCAUUGCAGAAUCUAAAGGAGAGCUACUUAAAUAAUAGGCUUUAAGUUUACUGCCGACUUAUGAUAAUGUUCUUGAUGGUAAUCGAUGACUCUUCAUCAGGAAUGUCUCUGUGUCCCACAAAGCCAUAUAAAACUUAAAAUAUAUAUAUAUAUAUCAGCUAAAAGUAGUCUGAGAUUGGGGCAUUCCGAGAAUUGAACUCGGGACCUCUCGCACCCUAAGCGAGAAUCAUACCACUAGACUAAAUGCCCU